AAGAAAAGAAGAGACAAGAAAUCUACAACCUGCACUCAGUGUGGAAAGAGUUUCUCAACCAAAAGAAAUCUUGAUGUUCACAUGAGAGUUCAUACAGGAGAGAAGCCUUUCACAUGUGAUCAAUGUGGGAAGAGCUUCACACAAAGAGGAAAUCUUAAGAGUCAUAUGAAAGUUCACACUGGAGAGAAGCCACACACAUGUGAUAAAUGUGACAAAACAUUUCUAGGGUCAUCAGCCCUGAAGAGACACCUGCGAGUUCAUACAAAGGAGAAGCCACAUUCAUGUUCUGUGUGUGGAAAGAGUUUUUCACUGCUGUAUUAUUUACAUGAACAUGAGAAAACACACACUGGUGUGAGAGAGUACGUGUGCUUUGAGUGUGAGAAGACUUUUAUUUCAGCAAACCAUUUAAAAGUGCACCAGAGAAUUCACACCUUAGAAAAACCUUACAGGUGUUCACACUGUGAUAAUAGAUUCAGUGUGUCAUCAAAUCUGAAAAAACAUGAGAGGAUCCACACUGGAGAAAAACCUUACAAGUGUUCACACUGUGACAAGAGAUUCAGUCAGUUAGCACAUCUAAAAACACAUGAGAUGAUCCACACUGGAGAAAAACCUUACAAGUGUUCACACUGUGACAAGAGAUUCAGUCAGUUAGCACAUCUGAAAACACAUGAGAGGAUCCACACUGGAGAAAAACCUUACAAGUGUUCACAGUGUAACAAGAGAUUCAGUCAGUCAUCAUAUCUGAAAACACAUGAGAAGAUCCAUACUGGAGAAAAACCUUACAAGUGUUCACAGUGUGACAUGAGAUUCAGUUAUUCAUCAUCUCUAAAAACACAUGAGAAGAUCCACACUGGAGAAAAACCUUACAAGUGUUCACACUGUGACAAGAGAUUCAGUGAUUCAUCAUAUCUGAAAACACAUGAGAUGAUCCACACUGGAGAAAAACCUUACAAAUGUUCAGUGUGACAUGAGAUUCAGUUAUUCAUCAUAUCUGAAAACACAUGAGAAGAUCGACACUGGAGAGAAACCUUACAAGUGUUCAGUGUGACAUGAGAUUCAGUUAUUCAUCAUCUCUGAAAACACAUGAGAGGAUCCACACUGGAGAAAAACCUUACAAGUGUUCAGUGUGACAUGAGAUUCAGUUAUUCAUCAUCUCUAAAAACACAUGAGAGGAUCCACACUGGAGAAAAACCUUACAAGUGUUCAGUGUGACAUGAGAUUCAGUUAUUCAUCAUCUCUGAAAAC